CAAGGCUUGUUGUUGACACUGUUCUUCAUUAAUUGCUCCAUUAAGGAAAAAAAAUGGACACAGUACAUAGAAGCAGAGCAGAGCUUGCUCUCCCAAACCCACAAGAGUCUCCCAGUGAGCCCGGAAUUGAACUUUCUGAAGUACCUUUCCGUGACGACACCCAGCUGGGGAGGACUGCACGAUCCCCACCACGCCAGACAUGGCUGACAUUUUUGAAGAAGGAGCUGGAAUUUCUUGGGGUAACACAAAUUCUGAUUGCUUUGAUAUGUCUUUGUUUUGGAAUAAUUGUCUACUCCAUGCUCAAGAUUUCAGAAUUUGAAAAAGAAUUUUUUUCAUCAUUUAAAGCAGGCUACCCAUUCUGGGGAGCAGUAUUUUUCGCGAUUUCUGGAUUUUUGUCAAUUAUGUCUGAAAAGAAUCAUGCAGCAUAUCUGGUGCAAGGCACCCUGGGAGCAAACUUGGUCAGCAGCAUAGCCGCGGGAGCAGGAAUCAUUAUCUUGAUCGCCAACCUAAAGAACAGCUUGGCUUAUAUCUCCUUUUGCCAGGAAGCUUCUGUGGAUGACUUCUGCUUAGCGGUUUUUUUUGCCACUAAAAUUGUGGCGAUGAUCCUGUUUCUUACCAUUCUGGGGUUUGGUGUUGCUGUGGCACUCACAGUCUACAGAGUUGGAGAGUUAUUCAAAAGAGAUAAGAUUCCAGAAGAUUAUCUUUAUGAAGAAUUAAACAUAUAUGCACCGAUUUACAGCGAGUUGGAAGAAAAAAGGGAGAUAUCGCCUCCCACGGAUACAUAA